ACAGAGUGAUUGACAGACGGUUGUAGUAGCGUACGCAGGAUUUCUGAAAGGGGGAAAAAGAUCUUCACCACCAAUUAUAGGUCGUUUCCUACCCUCCCCUCCAAAGAAAAAAUGACACAAAAAAAGUCUUCACCACAAAUUUUACGUCUUUUCGUAUGGGGGGGGGGGGGUACGUGAACCCCUGCGUACGCUACUGGACGGUACAUGAACCCCAUGAAUAUGGGGAGGGUGUGGACGGAUAUAAGGAAGGGAAGAGGUAAACUUCACCGAACAACGGUACAAUUGGACUGUUGCAUGGGUUGUGUCCGGAAGUCUUCACUGAUAUCCUCUACAAUGACGUGGUCAACCCUGUCACCACGGUGCCCAUGCAGUGCCUGUGUAAAUAUAUUUAGCUCUCAAUGACCACCGAAGCGUUGAGCAACCAUUGAAAACAUCUUUACGUGCCUCAUAGAAAUGGCGUUUAUAGAACAGUCAGUGUAGUUUUGUAUGAACCUUGCGUAAGAACCUACACGCUUUAAUCUGUUAAAGAUUCAUAACUCAAACAAGACAGUAAAUGCAUGCCUUCAACGAGCUGCAAAACUGUAACCAGUCCCGGAAUGCUGAAGAAACGCUGAGAGAUAUAGGACAAGGGGGUACAGCUAGGACUUGGUAAGAUUAAGAGUGUAUAAUCAUGGAGAACCUGCAUCGAUAUGUUUCUAUCAUACUCAGUCUCGGCAUGUUCCUUUGCUGGUGUUUACCAGUCCAGUGUUCAUCAACUAGAAAUGGUACUGAUAGCUUCUUCACUGAGAUCCAAGAAUUGUUUGAGAGAUAUUCAGCAAACCUGACAGAGGAAAUGCUUACUCCACAAAAUAUCAGCAUGAUUGGAGCUGAUUUCAAUUGCCCGUCUUCAGUUUCACCGACAAUACCAAAAUCAGUUCAUUUACUACGACCCGGUGAUAUAAAGGUGAUAGGUGCUGUCGGAGAUUCAUUAACGGCAGCGUAUGCAGCCGGUGCUACGUCUUAUUCCCCAGUCUUGUUUGAAUAUCCCGGUUUAUCUGCUAGUAUGGGUGGAGACAAGACACUGGAGAAAGUACUUACGAUUCCAAAUAUAUUUCGAAAAUACAACUCUCACCUGUAUGGGUAUUCAACUGGUAUCUCUGUACUGGACACCCAGCCUAAAAAUAAAAGACUCAAUCUGGCUAUAAGUGGCUCCGUUGCAGAGGAAAUGCCCGAACAGGUUCGUCAGCUGAUUCGGAAAAUGAAAAACGAUCCAAUCGUUGAUUUUGAAAAUGACUGGAAAUUUAUCACGAUAUUGAUUGGCGGCAACGACCUGUGUAGCGGAUGUCUGUAUUCACAAAGCACACCAGAAGAUUAUAUUAGGUUUUUAGAUGAGACUAUUCAAAUACUACAUGAUAAUUGUCCCCGCACCUUUGUGAAUGUGAUUGCAAUGUUCACUGCUAAUCAAGCCGUCAAACUACGCGGACCUUUGAUCUGUAACAUUAUGGUCAGUUAUUACUGCCCGUGUAUUCUAGGAGGAUCGAUCCCACAAAAUCUGGUUUAUCUCAAGUCAAGAGAAUUUCAGAGACUUUUGCGCACGUUGGUUGAAAGUGGAAAGUUUGACGAUAAAGAAGAUUUUGCUGCCGUUUAUCAACCUUUCUUUGAAGAUACAAUUAUACCUGAAUUACCGAAUGGACAUGUAGAUCGUUCGUUCAUCGCACCAGACUGUUUUCAUCCAAGUCAGAAAGGCCAGGCUGCACAGGCGACUGCUAACUGGAAUAACCUGUUUGAGCCAGUUGGAUCGAAGGAUACAUCUUAUAACACAGGAGAAACCAUCAAUUGUCCAUCGACGGAUUUUCCAUACCUGUACACCAAUAUCAACAGUAAACCGGCAUUCUUAGAUGACAUCCAUAGAUCAUCGCGGGGAUCAUCGUUAAGAGACAACCGUCUACCAAAGACCAACUCAUCGCCUUCUUCCAAACUCGAGAUUCUUGACGAAGAUAACAAUAUACGUCAAAUAAUAUAAUGAUUACACUCUUGAACUUCAGCAUGUCGAGUCUAUUAUACAUGCUAUCGUGUCCCCUGCAUGAGUUUUUCUUUAUUUCAGUACUUCAAACUUCAUUUUUUUAAUAAUAAUAAUAUUUGAAAUGUAUAUAGAGCAUAAUAGUUUGCGCUUUACAAACUUUAUCAAAUUACUAAAUUAUACAUUAAACCUAAUUUCAAUUAUCCAUUAAACCUUAAACCUAAAAUAUGUCAUACAUAUUAGAACAAAAUUAAAUCAAAUUUUAUUGCAUGGGUGUGUACAUACAUGAACUAACUAUUGUGCUAUUCACAAGUACUUUUAAAGAGAUAGACAAUAUCAAAAUUAUAGGGCUUUUUAAAUAUGUGUUUUGAUGUUAUUUAGAUGUGAUGAGGAUAUUUUCAUUUUUUACUUAUUGUUGGACAUAAUUAUGACGGCGAUGUUGAGAAAGAUAAAGCAAUGAUGUGCCGCAAUCGUACUAAUGAUCUAUUUUUAUACUAAUUCAUUCUUUUUUUGAGAGAGAGAGAAGACGUAUUUAUGAAUAUGAAUUGAUGCAUUUUACUAUGUCCUAUAUACUGUAUAGAGCCAAUUCUAUCAACCAUAAUUGCGUUAUGUUUUAAUCGAAAGAUGUUUUAACCACUUCAACUCCAAAAGACUUUGGCUGAUCCCUGAUGUGAUAUAAUUUCUAGACUGAAUAAUUUUUUUUCACAAAACAAAGUCGUAAUUCGUACGUGAUAUUUGAUUCCUUUUUCUUUCUUUCAAUGACCAAUAGUCAUUUCAAUUGUUUUAUAUUGUUUUUGUCUAAAUACUCUACGUUGUCUUCUCAACAAAUACUUUUUAUUUCAAGCGUGGUUUAUAAUUGCUUUUUAAAUUUAGUUUAAUAGGUUUUCAUUUCUUAUGUAUUUCUUUUAGUUUUUAAUCCUCAUCUUAUUCCUCGGCGACACUCUGCAAAUACAACAGAGAGGAUUUAAAAUUUAUCUUAGGACAUAAUUACAUCACAUACAUAAAUGCAUGUCAGGCAAGUGUAAUGUACCAACACUUGAGGAGAGAAGACUGGCACUGUGUACAAAAUUUGCAAAAUCACUUUCGAUUCAUCCUCUGUAAGACAUGGCUACCUCGGAAAAAACGUACAAACAUAUCUCUUCGUCGUAAAAACAACUAUCAACAAUUUCAAAUAAGAACAACAAGAUUUUAAAAUAGUCCUUUGCCAUUUUUGGUUGACGGACUCAUGGACCUAUUACAAUUGUGAUAGGUCCAUGACGGACUCAACAAAAGAUGAGUGUGUCGACUAGGAAAGGAAAUGGACAAUGGUCACCUAUGCACUAUACAGUCACUUAUUUUCAUUAAAAUCAAGUGCCAUCUCCUUUCCUUCAAGUCAGUCACUAUGUUACAUCUAUAUUCAUUAACUUUUAUGCUUUAUGUAAAAUUACAUUAGCUUUUUCAAUGUAUUGACUUAUUAAUGUAUUUCACUAUAUUUUUACUAUGUUAUUUAUUGUGCUCACACAAACUUGUAAACAUGAAUUUUACAGAACAUGUUUGAUCAUCACUAAAGACCAUUUUAUUCAUUGAAUUGAAUUUAAUUUUUGUAUCUAAGUAUUUUCUUAUCUGAACCUGGCAAAAAAAUUGAGAUAAGUUUGUGAUUUUGAAACGGUGAUAUACAUGCAUUUUAACAAACCUUACUAAUGUACCUUUAAUUAUUCAAUAUUUGCUGAACUUUAAAGAAAUAUAAUGAUGAAAAAGUGAAUUAAGAUGUUCCUGUGGACAAAAAUAGUGACAAUCUGUUCUAUACGCUCGCUCAUAAGACAAUGAUGAAGAAAUUAUUAAUUCUAAAGAUUAAACAACAUUCACUUGCACAUUUCGAUAUAGCUCCUUUUCUAAACUUUAUAGAAACUUUGCUUUAACCAACACUGUCCAAUUUAGGACUUAAUGUAUCUGUAUAUUAUUUAUGCAUAUAUGAUAUGAAUUAAAUCAUUCAUUGAUUGGAUAAA